AUGGACAACAGACCUGCCUCGGAGUACGCGCAGUCAGGUUCGCACUUUCCAUAUCCACCGUCUGCCGCGACGCAUUCUGAACUCUCAGCUGCAGACCAAGCUUCUGCUGCUGCCACUGCUCAAUACACUCCUCAACCUGAGGUUCGCCCCAACCCUCAGUACACCCCUCAGCCCGAGGUGCGACCCGCCAACAUUUCGUCCUCCAACACGCCGCAGUCAGACUACGGUCUGAACCCUCCUCCCACCGCGCGCUCUCCAGCUUAUCCGGAGUACCUCGCCCGCCCGCACCAGUACCACCACGCCCCCAACACUCAAGCCGGCGGCGCGGCAGGUAUGGCUCAAGCAACAAGUCCGUCCAUGACCACCCUCCAUGAUGGGCAGCACCAUGACCAUCGCAAUCAUCACACGAACGUGAAGUCUGACGCGGACGUUCCUAUAGAUCCCUCAAUCGCGGCCUCCAGCCCCACCUAUCCUCCUCCCUACUCGCCUUACCAGCCCCAGGGCCAUGACAUGGCUCAGUACCAAGGUCACCCCCCUCCGCCGCCUCCUCAGAUGUAUACGCGUCCGGAAUGGUCGCAUGGGUACGGGCAACAUCAACACGGUCUGCCCGGACCCUAUACCACUCCUGCCACAACGGUUGGUCCCGCCUCCCCUGCUGCGACCGCAGGGCCGCGCCCUGGCCAGGUCUACUCGUUCGUUCCGAUCCCCGGUGCGCAACAGCAUAAGAGACCGCGUCGCCGGUAUGAGGAAAUUGAGCGCAUGUACAAGUGUGGUUGGAAUGGGUGUGAGAAGGCCUACGGUACUCUCAACCACCUGAAUGCCCACGUGACGAUGCAGUCCCACGGAAACAAGCGUACUCCAGAAGAAUUCAAGGAAAUUCGCAAGGAGUGGAAGGCCCGCAAGAAGGAGGAAGAGGCUCAGCGCAAGGCCGCUGAGGAGCGUGAGCGCGCCGCUGCCGCUCAGGCUGCCCAGGCCAACCAGGUCGACGCCCCCAAUCCUGCGGAUCCGCAGGGUGGUCAACCUCCCACCUACCCCGGUGGUGUCCGGCCUCAGCUGCCUCCGAUUGGAUACCAACCUGCCGAUGGCCAGGUGCCCGGUCAGUACGGUGCCCCUGGCGGCGGUAUGGUCUACCAGGGCAACGGACAAAUGGCCUAUCCUCCGAACUAUCCUCACUCUCCUUACGGGCAGAGCGGCCAAGUGUAUCAGCAACGACUAUGGAAACCGCUCGGUAAUGUGAAGGCUUAUUCUACUGAGAAUAACAAUUUGUCCGAGGCUGUCGCGGAGUCGGAUUCGACCAGACGGCGUCAAAAAUCCCGCCGCCCCAAACAAGAUGAUGAACAACUCUAUGCGCUUGCAAUGGCAAACAAAUCAUCCGACUCUGUCCCCUCGGCUCGCAAAAUUUCACGGAAGGUGAUUGAGAUGGAAAUGAAGUGGCUUCGUGAUCCCGUGAAACUGAGUGAACGGGUUCAGGGUGCCCUGCAAGCCGGCGACGAGGCUAUGGCGGUGGCGUUGGUACGCACGGCACAAAGCCAGGGCAUAGAUUGCUUUGUGGCAUGGAAUCAGCUCCUUCAAUACUGCUUCGAUAAAGGGUCUAGCCGGUCUGCCUUUAGAUUCUACAAUGAUAUGAAAAAACGGGGACGCAAGCCAACUGAGCGCACCUAUACGAUCAUGUUAGAUGGUCUGAGUAAAGCACAAUCGAGACCCGGGUUCAGACCAGUGGAUAUGGCUCUGAGCAUAUUCCGAUCCAUACCUGCCCCGGAUCUCUUUAACGUAGCUGCAAUGCUUACAGUCUGUACUCGUCACAGGGUAAUGGACCCAUUAUGGCAAAUUGCUAGCGAGUUACCUGAAGAGGGACCGGGCUCCCCCGAACCGAUCACUUAUACAAUUAUUCUGAAAGGCAUUCUGGAUACGCUGGUAGUGGACCUUAAAAAGAUAUCGCCCAAAGAUACGAAUUCGAUCUUGGCUAGAAGAGUGCAAGGGGUCACGGAAGCUAAACGAAUUUGGGCCGAUGUUGUUUAUAGAUGGAAGAAGGGACACUUCGCUCUCGACAAUCGCUUGCUGGACUCCAUGGCGAAAGUACUUUUGGAAGGCCCCGGUGAUUAUGAGUUCUACGAGGUGUUCGUGAUGGUCAACCAGACCACUGGCCUCCCCAUCCUGGCAAAAGAGCCCCGCAAAGUCGCCUAUAACACGAAAUCGUCCAGGUCGUCCGAGGCUUUGCGAGAACGGGCUGACCAGAAGGAUUUGGAAGACGUUCCAUUUGUGGACGACCAGGGCGAAAGGCUGUACAGGCCACCGCAACCCGAGACCGAGAUCCCAGAAGAGGAGCAAGUAGAAGCCGAAGCCGAGGAAGAGAACCUCGAUGAUGUUUUCAACCCGGUUGUCCCGGACGACUCUUCGCCGGGAGUCAAAGGUCCAUCGCAUGUCCCACUGACAAACAGGGAGCUUUUUAGUAUUUUGGAAUCGUGCUCCAUGGUCACUCAAGGAUUGGGUACCGCAAAGGCGUAUUGGAAAUUGAUGACGCAAGGCGAUUCCAAAUUCCGGGUACAACCCGACAAACGUUCAUUCAUAAAAUACCUGCGGGUUUUGCAAGCCGCUCGUUCCAGUCGCGUCGCCGUGGAGCUUGUGCGCGAUGAGAUCUUGCCCUCCCGCCAGUUGCAUCCGGAUGUGUUUGAAAUCGCGCUGAAAUGCUGCCGCCGCGACAUCAACAACAUGAAUGUUUUGAAGCAUGCCAACGAGAUACUGAGACUCAUGGAGGAAGCAUGGCUUCCGCUUCCCAGCACCAGGGCCCUAGACGCUUACUUUAAUUUGAUCCAAAAUCUGCUGGAGAAACCCCAGCUCCUCGUGUCACUGAACGGCGUUGCAGAAGACUCGAAGAUAGGCUCUUUAGAAACCCUUGGCCAAGAACUGCGACUCAAGUUGCAGACCGUGGCCAUCGAUACCUUGCGCCCUCACGCGGCUCGGUUGGAAGAGGCUUUCGAGCAUGGUCAAACCCGCGCUCCGCAACCCCCCCUUGAACUCGAAAAGAACCUAUACGAGAGUGUCUCCGGCCCUGGCGGUAUGGUUAUGUUGGCACGGUUGAGAUUCAUGGUGGAUUCCGUUUUGGAGACCGAACGGCGAAAGCAGAUUCCCAAGCCGCUUCGAAAAGAAUAUGAAGAGCUGUCGCAGAAGCUGCGGAAAUACAGCAACAAAAAGGUCCAACGUGAGUUCGACGGCAAGAUCGUGUUACCCACUCCGCAGCAGCUGUCUCGGGCGCUGGAACUUCGUGACCAAGCCAGUGGCACCAAUGGCACCGAUGAUGCCGAUGAUGCUAAUGGCGCCGAUGAUGCUAAUGGCGCCGAUGAUGCUAAUGGCGCCGAUGGUGCCAAUGGCGCAGAUUCGGUCGAGGCUCGGGUCCCUUGACCUGGCUCAUGUAACGUGUACAUUACCUAUUAAGACACUUGGGUUCACUUGUUCUGGCGUUCUAGGUGAACCGAUUCACAUGUCUGCAUAUUGGGAGGGCGUUUGGGUGUAUAUAGGUGUAUAGAUAGAUGCAUAGAUGGAAUGUAUAGAUGCCUG